CAAAAAAACCGCACGGCCCCAGAUUGUACCUCAGGGAGUGAGUGAAUGGACUGUGUGCAGCUGUCAGUCGGCUCGCUACUCGCUCUCAGUCUGUGCUAGGAUUUGUUGUGGAGUGGACCAAGCCUCGUUUUCUCCUCACCUCGUCUGGGCUUUAGAUCCCACCCAAACAACAAAGCAGAUAAAAUAAUGGGAGGAAAGCUGAGCAGGAAGAAGAAGGAGGAGUAUAACGUCAGUGACCCAAAAAACAGUGAGGAAAGCCAAGAAGAGACGCAACAUGAUGAGGCACCAGAGUCCCAGAAUGAAGACAAAGUCAGUGAUCCAGGUAGUGCUUCUGCAGAGUCUGCAGUGGAGCAGACCGUACAAGCUGAUGGCACAUUGCCUUUUAAGGGCAUUUUAACAGAGAAAGUAGAGGAGAAAUCUGACAAACCUCUAAGUCAAGAAGCUAAAGCAACUUCAGAACAAAAAGCAGUCGAAGAAAGCAAGCCACCUACCAGUGAUGCAAAACCCAGUGAACCUACAGCAGAAAAAGAGCCGAUUGUAAACAAGGACUCUAAGGAAAAUAAUACUUCAGGGGAAAAGCCACGUGAGUCAUCCAGUCAAGAGGCAGAAACAGCUCCAGAGACCCCAAGUGCCCCAGUUACAGCUGUAACAAAGAAGUUGGUUAAAGAGUUAGAAAAGCCUGUGGUUGAAAGCCUAGUGAAAGCUGAGGUGGCUGCACCUGCCCCAGUGAAAGAUGAGCUGCCUGCACCUGCCCCAGUGAAAGCUGAGGAUCCUGUGCCCAAACCAGUGAAAGCUGAGGUGCCCACACCCACCCCGGUGAAAGCUGAGGUGCCCGAACCCACCCCGGUGAAAGCUGAGGUGCCCGCACCCGCCCCGGUGAAAGCUGAGGUGCCCGCACCCAAACUAGUGAAAGCUGAGGUGCCCGAACCCGCCCCGGUGAAAGCUGAGGUGCCCGCACCCGCCCCGGUGAAAGCUGAGGUGCCCGCACCCGCCCUGGUGAAAGCUGAGGUGCCCGCACCCGCCUUGGUGAAAGCUGAGGUGCCCGCACCCGCCUUGGUGAAAGCUGAGGUGCCCGCACCCGCCCUGGUGAAAGCUGAGGUGCCCGCACCCGCCCCGGUGAAAGCUGAGGUGCCCGCACCCGCCCCGGUGAAAGCUGAGGUGCCCGCACCCGCCCUGGUGAAAGCUGAGGUGCCCGCACCCGCCCUGGUGAAAGCUGAGCUGCCUGCACCUGCGCCAGUGAAAGCUGAGCUGCCUGCACCUGCGCCAGUGAAAGCUGAGCUGCCUGCACCUGCGCCAGUGAAAGCUGAGCUGCCUGCACCUGCGCCAGUGAAAGCUGAGCUGCCUGCACCUGCGCCAGUGAAAGCUGAGGAUCCUGCACCUGCCCCGGUGAAAGCUGAGGAUCCUGCACCCGCCCCAAUAAAAGCUGAGGUGCCUGCACCCGCUCCAAUAAAAGCUGAGGUGCCCGCACCCGCCCUGGUGAAAGCUGAGGUGCCCGCACCCGCCCUGGUGAAAGCUGAGGUGCCUGCACCCAAACCAGUGAAAGCUGAGGUGCCUGCACCUACCCCAAUAAAUGUUGAGAACCCUGCAUCUCCCCCAGUGAAAGCUGAUGUGCCUGCACCUACCCCAGUGAAAGCUGAGGAUCCUGUGCCCAAACCAUUGAAAGCUGAGGUACCUGCACCUACCCCAGUGAAAGAUGAGGUGCCUGCACCUACCCCAGUAAAUGCUGAGAAGGAUGCACCUUCCCCAGUGAAAGCUGAUGUGCCUGCACCUACCCAAGUGAAAGCUGAGGAUCCUAUGCCCAAACCAUUGAAAGCUGAGGUACCUGCACUUACCCCAGUGAAAGAUGAGGAGCCUGCACCUACCCCAGUAAAUGCUGAGAAGCCUGCACCUUCCCCAGUGAAAGCUGAUGUGCCUGCACCUACCCAAGUGAAAGAGGUGGUGCCUGCGCCUACCCCAAUAAAUGUUGAGAACCCCGCAUCUUCCCCAGUGAAACCUGAUGUGCCUGCACCUACCCCAGUGAAAGAUGAGGAGCCUGCACCUACCCCAGAGAAAGCUGAGGUGUCUGCGCCCAAACCAGAGAAAGCUGAGGUGUCUGCACCCAAACCAGAGAAAGCUGAGGUGUCUGCGCCCAAACCAGUGAUAGAUGAUGUGCUUGCACCUAACCCAGUUAAAGCUGAGGUACCUGCACCUAUCCUGGUAAAGGUUGAGAAUCCUGCAAUUAUCCCAGUGAAAGAUGAGGUUCAUGCACCUAAAGCAAUGAAAGUUGAGGUGCCUGUGGCUGCCCCAGUGGAAGUUGAGGUGCCUGUGACCAAACCAGUGAAAGCCGAGGUGCCUGCACCUAUCCCAGUGAAAACUGAGUUUCCUGCACCUACCCCGAUGAAAGUUGAGAAGCCUGCACCUGCCAUAGUCAAGGAACCUGAGGCAAAACCUGAGGAUAUUUCUGUAGAAGAAAGCAAUAAGAAACCAAAUGAGGAACAAACUUCUGUUUCCAAUCAGGAAAGUGUCCCUCUAACCUGUCCUUCUCCACCACCAUCAGAGGUAGUACCUUCAGAUAUAAUCCUAAAGCAGCAGCCAGAAAGUACUGAAAACAAAGAAAGCGCUACUGAAAAAGCAGAGAGCACUUCUAACAAAGACCAAGAACUAUCCACGGAGUCCCCUAACAGUACUUCUCAUACCAGUGUUGAAUCCCAGGCAGAAGAAACUUUGAACUCCCAAACCACUGCGAGUGAAAAAGAUAAACGCUUAACCCAAGGUGAGGAAAAUAACAAAGAGGUGACUGCUCAUUCUGAGCCAGAAAAAGAUACAACAGUGCCCACAGAUGACAUGGCUUUAACAAGCGAAAACACUCAACAAAUGAAAAUCGAGACUGUACCAAAAAUUAUUAUUUCAGAAUCUCAUUCAACUAAUGAAUUCUCAGAAGAUGAAACAGUAGUGUGUCCCAGUGAGGCUGAGAAGAGUGAUAAGAAGCCUGCAGAUGGAUUUUCUGAAAACAACGAAAAUGAAUCUUGUGAACCCUCCCCGAAACCAGAGGAUGCCAUCAAAAAGGAAAGUGCUGGUCCAAAUGAUACUCCUGCAAAGGGGCAAUCUGGGGAUCUUUCUCCCAAAUCAAAGCCUGAGGAAUGUGUAAAUGGUAAGAAGAACGAAGAACAAUCCGCCAAAGACCAUAAUGGUUGCGGAUUUAAAAAUAAUUUAAACCUGAUGGAAGAAAAGCAAGCCCCCGAAGAUAUCGAUGAAAUACCUGAAGCCUUAAGUGCAGCCAUGGGAAGUCCGGUUGUUGAAUUAGUUUAAGGUAAAAUAACAAAUUAAUAAUGGCACAUUAGAUUGAUUAGAAAGACGUGCUUCCUGAAAUGUCCUGUAAUCUUUUAGCUUCAAUAAAGGAAGUGUUUGUUUCAUUUACCAAAUAAUAAAUGAACUGAGCAGACAGCAUCUGGGAGAAAGGGGAAGCUCUCUAUCCUGCUCUUUUGUUUGAAAUGGUAUAUAAUGUUUGUGGUGAGAAUGAGCUGAAGGUUGGCGAGAGAAAGAGGACUAAAUGUUGUCAGAGAAUGAGACUAAGUUAUUCCUGAAACGACGAUGUAUGAAUGUGUGAGGGUUUUUUGUGAAGCAAAAUGUCUGCCUACUAAUAUUGAUUUAAUUGGUAAUGUAUUUAAAUAGUAUCAAAACAAUGUAAUUUAGACUUUCAAGUAACCUUCAAAGUUAACAGUUAAAAGAAAAAACAAGCUUUUUUAACUUAUUUUCACAGCGUGAAAAAAAGAACAUUAGCAUUGUUUAA